GGCAUCAACCCUUCUUUCUCAGCUGAGAUUUGUCCAAGUUUGGUCCCCCGGUUGCUCCAUCCGAUCAUUGAAAAUGCUGCCCACCACAGGCUACAAGGCCCUACUCCAAGGCAUCGCAACCCUGUCCCUCCUAACCCUGACCGCAUCCCAGGACUCCAACCCAACCUACGACUAUGUGGUCGUCGGCAGCGGACCCGGCGGCGGCGUUUUGGCUACCAACCUCGCCAAGGCGGGCUACUCCGUGUUCCUUCUCGAAGCCGGCGACGCCAGCCCGAGCGGCGGAUUCGGGGCCUACUCAUCCAACGUUACGUGGAACUUCUUCGUCCGGCACUACCCGGAAGGCGACCCCCGCAACGAGCAGUACAGCCACCUGACCUGGAAGACGCCCGAGGGCAAGUACUGGAUCGGGCAGACCGGGGCGCCGGCGGGCUCGGAGCUGCUGGGCGUGUACUACCCGCGCGGCGCGACGCUGGGCGGUAGCAGUAUGAUCAACGCCAUGUGCACGUGGCUCCCGAGCGACGGGGACUGGGACUACCACGCCAACGUCACCGGGGAUGAUUCUUGGAGGGCUGAGAACAUGCGCGAGGUGUUUGAAAGGAUGGAGAAGAACAACUACCUGACCCGCGGCACACCGGGCCACGGCUUCGACGGCUACUUCCAGACGCACAUGGGGACCAAGCAGCAGGCCGAAACCGGACCGCUGGUGGGCAACCAAGUCAUGGAGAUGUACGCGCAGGACCUCAACCUGACUCGGAACAUGACGGACCUGCUGACGCGCGACCCCAACGAGCUCGACCCGGACCGGGACCAGACCCAGAGCAUCUACGGGCUCGUCAACCACCAGUACCCCAACGGCGACAGGUACAGCUCGCGCGACUACAUCCAGGAGGAGGCUAACAGGCCCGGCUCGAACCUGACCGUGUCCAUCCGCUCGCUCGCGACCAGGGUGCUGUUCGACACGACCGGCAGCUGCGGCGGCGAUAAGCCGCGCGCCGUCGGCGUCGAGUAUCUAGAGGGUGCGUCGCUAUACCGCGCCGAUCUUCGGCACGCGGCAGACGGCGGCAACAGUACCGGCACCAAAAAGACAGUCAUGGCCAGGCGGGAGGUGAUCGUAUCCGGGGGCGCCUUCAACUCGCCGCAGAUCCUCAUGCUCAGCGGCGUCGGGCCCCGGGAGCACCUCGAGUCGUUCAACAUCAGCGUGGUGGCCGACGUGCCAGGAGUGGGGCAGAACCUCAUGGACAACCAGGAGAUGCCGAUCGUGGGCUCGGGCAGCGCGGGCACAGGCACGGCGGGCGUGGCCAUGGUCAAGUCCAAGCACCCGGCUCACGGGGAGCGAGACAUGUUCCUCAUGGGUGGGCCCGGGUUCCUCUUCCGUGGCUUUUGGCCGUCCGAGAACACGGUCGGGGACCUACCGCCGGAGCCUAGCAACGUCUACGGCGUCAGCAUGGUCAAGGGGAGCUCGGUGAACGACAAAGGGUGGGUGAAGCUGCGAAGCGCGGACCCUCAGGAGCCGCCCGAGAUCAACUUCAACCACUACGCUGAAGGCUCAGAGCCGGACAUCGAGGCCAUGAAGGACACCAUUGCGUGGAUCCGAACGGUUUUCAAACGAAUCGGUAUCACGACCAUCGAGCCGCCGUGUCCCUCGGGGGCCGACGAGGAUGGAUACUGUGGCGAGAGCGACGAGGCGUGGCUCCACAAGCAGACGUUUGGGCACCACCCGACCAGCACCAACAGGAUCGGAGCUGAUGACGAUGCGUUGGCGGUGCUGGAUUCCAAGUUUCGGGUGCGAGGAGUUGCUGGCUUGAGGGUUGUCGAUGCUAGUGCCUUUGCUCGCAUUCCCGGGGUAUUCCCUGUGGUGUCUACGUUUCUGAUCAGUGAGAAGGCGUCGGGCGAGAUGGUUGAGGAAAUUAAAGCUGGAAAUGCUAUUGAGGAGUGUGUGUUUUGAGACGCCUUGUGGAAUUCUAGCUACUUAGUACUGCCCAUGUGAAGUCUUGCGUGCAGGACCAAGAAACGAUUAUAACAUGAACAAUACAGUUAGAGAUACCCGCAUCACACUCUAAUCCUUCUUCGAAGAACCAACGGCCCCUGAUUCCUAUGCCACCCUCGAAUGCUCGGCGGCAGACAAUGCACAUCUAUAAUAUAGUCGAUGGCGACGAUUAUGAUGAUGCCGUGAGGGGCGUCUUCAUCUCCUGACGACACUGUCAUCAAUGUCAU